AUGUCAGACUCCCUGACAUUUUCCCACAGUGGUGGCAAGCCAACAUCAACCCCUCAGCCCAGCCUACACACCUGUGAGCCCUGUGGGACCUUGUGCCAGCAGAUGGCAGAAUCCCAGACUAAAGAGGGCAGGGGCGUCUGCUUCACCCAGCAAGAGAGCAACACCUUCAGCUUGAGGACUGCAGAUGUGCACAGGAGGCACAGCACUGAUGGGACCAUCGGUUCAGGGUCUGGAUCGAACAGACGAGGUUCUGUUGACACCGACCGUUUCCAUCCGUACCAUCGACAGUUCAGUGAUGGAGCAGGGACGGGUGCCGGUAUCCUCCAACAGUGCGCGUCUUCCUUCAGCUGUCUGCAGGAUGUGUGCAACCCUGAUACCCGUUCACAAAGCUCGAGACGCGAGGCCUCAUCAUCCUGGGACCAGUACAACUGCAGCGUUCAGAGUUCGUUCCCAGAAGUGCUUAGUCCACCAGUAGACCCCUCCUGCUUCCUGUCUCAAAGCUAUCCAUCCUACAGCUCAUCGAGCCCUCUACAACAGGUCUCCUCUAGACUGUAUCCUAAUGAUGAUCAGUCCGAAAGCCCAAAAUAUUCACUCCAAAGUCUCUCCACUCAACCACACCAGGAGAGCACCACACAGUCCCCCUUCCCCAAGCCCAUUUAUUCAUACAGCAUCUUGAUCUUCUUGGCUCUGAAGAACAGCAAGACAGGAAGCCUGCCAGUCAGUGAGAUCUACAGCUUCAUGACUGAAAACUUCCCCUAUUUCAAGUCAGCUCCUGAUGGAUGGAAGAACUCCGUCCGUCACAAUCUCUCCCUGAACAAGUGCUUUCAGAAGGUGGAGAACAAAAAUGGGAACUCAUCCCGUAAAGGCUGUCUUUGGGCUCUCAAUCCCGCCAAGGUGGAGAAGAUGCAGGAGGAGCUGCACAAGUGGCGUCGCAAGGACCCCAUCAGUGUUCGCAGGAGCAUGGCGAGACCAGAAAACCUUGAUCGUCUACUGGGAGAGCGACCGAACAAGCUCAAGUCUCUGCCACCUUACACCAACCCAGCUCUGUUAUCCAGGGUGGCCCCCAUCUAUGGCACCACCUCGUCAUCAUGCACCCCAGCCCAGCUUCGACCACCAUAUCGGCGUCCACAGUAUCCCCAUGUUCAACCCCAGCAGCCCUGUUAUCUUCCCCCUGCCACUGCUCACCCCAGCAACUCCUUUGCCCUGUACUCACCCUGCAGACAGCAGCCUGCAGCUGGCGUCCCAUCAGCCACUGGGGGCUUGCACUCCCCCAUGGCUGGUAAGAUGCCCCCUAGUUACAGUGGCGCCCUGCAGGCUGAGUACAGCUCCAGGAGCAUGCAGGACUUGCUGUUGGAGGGAGAUUCCAGUUAUGACAUCGACACGCUCAACCCCAGUCUGACUGACCUGCAGCUGCAAGGUAACUUGUGGGAGGAGUUACAGGAGGACAGCUUGUUGUCUUAUACACAAGUUACCACCUUGACUCCGCCCACGACCUCUGCUCUGCAGGACCAUCACAUCCAGACGGGCUGCCUGCAGGUCACAUCUCCUGACGGCCAGAGGUCAGAGAUGACAAACGUCGGUCGACUAAAAGCAGAGGACGAAAACGAACCUACAGGCAGAAUCUUUGAUCAGCACGGCUGUUUGAAUGGACUGCACCCUGCGGUUUAUUCAGGGGUAGAGAGUCUUGCUGGGUAUCUGACUUCCUGUACCGCAUCCAUCUCCUUAAUGUAA